AUGGCUCUCAAGCGCAUCAACAAGGAGCUCACUGAUCUCGGCCGUGAUCCGCCGUCGUCUUGCUCUGCUGGCCCUGUUGGCGAAGACCUGUUCCACUGGCAAGCAACGAUCAUGGGACCCGGCGACUCACCAUACUCCGGUGGUGUCUUCUUCCUUGCUAUCCAUUUCCCUACCGACUACCCUUUCAAGCCACCAAAGGUUAACUUCACCACUCGCAUCUACCACCCCAAUAUCAACUCCAAUGGCAGCAUCUGCUUGGACAUCCUGCGAGACCAAUGGAGCCCUGCUCUCACCAUCUCUAAAGUGCUUCUUUCCAUUUGCUCCAUGCUUACCGACCCCAACCCUGACGAUCCUCUUGUACCUGAGAUUGCUCAUGUAUACAAGACCGACCGACCACGAUACGAGGCUACGGCUAGGGAAUGGACUCGAAAAUAUGCUGUCUAG